UCCCUUCCUCUCGCCCUGAGCCCCGGGGUGACGUCAACGGCGGACGCGCGCGUAUCGGCGUCGUCGCGCCGGCUAUUUUCUGAUCGAUAACGGCGACGCCGCGCCGCGGUCGCGCCGCUCCGCUCCGUGCCCGAUCGAUGCGGAACGUCCCCUCGCUCGGACCGACUUCGACCGAGCUCCGAUUGACUUGGGCGGCACGUGUUGACUUGUCACCGCGAUUAGGAAUUAUGGAUGUCCCUAGUAUCAAAAAAAGAUGGAAGUAUUUAAAAGACUGUUAUAUAAAGGACUGGAAAAAAAGCAACGAAUAUAUUCCAAGUGGAUCGGCAGCUCCUGCAACAAGGAAAAAUACUUUCCGCUUUUAUGAGGCCAUGAGUUUCUUAAGCGACUGUAUGGAAGCGAAACAGACAGUAAGUACUCUGUCCAAUUUGUCAGUACCAUCUUCACCAAUGUCAUCGAUAUCGUCUGUAUCGGCUGUGAAUACAGAGGAAUGUUCUACAUCAAGUUCAAGCCAUAAUUUCAAUUCAUCGAAAAGUACCCUAACGGAACAUGUAAAUUCUGAGAAUGUUCGGAGAAUAUCAUAAACGUAUAUUGAUAAUAUUCUCAGAAUAUUCGAAAUACGUCAUAUGAUAUACUGAGGAUAUACUGAGAAAGUUCCUAUUUCCCGCGGUACGUAGUUAUUAGUAUGUACUGAGAAUAUCCUAAAGAAUAUUCUCAGAAUAUCAGUAGAAUGUUACUAGUAUAUUCUCACCAUUUUCUUAGAAUAUUAUUAUAUAUAGCAUAUCGCGCGCACGCGCGCGCUUAUGGGGAGAAACCGAGGUUAGUUAGCUACAGAGAUGGUUGGCUAAUCGCUUAUUUCUGCUUUUCGUAACAGCUUAUCAAAUCGGGCAAGCAAGAUUUAAAAAAACACAUCAUGGAUGAUUUUGAAAUCCUUGCUUGCACGAUCCUGCAAUCUGUUAGAAUACAGAAAUAUAAUACAAUAGAUUAACCAACUUAUCUCUUAAAUUUAGCCAACUAACCCUGGUCUCCCCUAU